AUGGGGAUUCGAUUGUGUCCAGGCAGCAAUGCACUUGAUUUAUCAGAUGCUUGUGUACGCGCCUCCCUUGGUGCGAUCGUACCCGCUGCGCUCAUCUUAGCGCUGUGUCUAUUCUCCAUACUCCGGGUUCCUGCGUUCGCUCGUCCACUUGCAAGCGCUAUUAAAUCGCCCUUCCGCAGUUUUUUGACCUUGCGCGAGGCCGAAGCUCUAGAUAAUCAAGGGGAAAAAACAGGCGACGUUAUCGUCGACAAUACUGUUCCUUUAUGGCGCACCGUACUACUCUCAUUUGUCGCUUUGAUUCAGGCUCUCCUUUGGUCUGCUGCCGGUGCAUACAACAUCAUCACCAAUAAGGCCUAUAUUUGGACCGGUAUUACCCAACUUCUCAUUGCUGCCACUUGGAUAUAUGCUUCCUGCAAGUCCGCCUUCUGGCCUAAGCCAACCAUCCACUACGAUCUUUUUACCCUCUUUGUGCUACACUUCGCCUUUGGCAUUAUCCUGCUUGGCGGUACUUUGUAUGAUCACGAGGUUCUUGGUGUCCCAUUACCUCCACAGCUCCCAUUCUUGGGCCUCAUUUUCAAUCUCAUCGCCAUUCUCGUGGUCAUGACCGUCGUAGGAAAUAUGCCCUUUGAGCUGCCCAGCGACCGCAUAAAGAAGGAAGAUAUCUAUGUCAAGCACUCGCCUGAAGAUUAUGCUUCUAUGUGGGAGUGGAUCACAUUCUCAUGGGUCUACCCGCUCAUCACUCGUGGCUCGAACAUGACCAUGGCCGAGGAUGACGUUUGGAAUCUCAGUCCUACCCAACAAUCUCGUCCGGUGUUCAUCAAGUUCAGUACCGUCAUUCGUUCUUCUCUCCUUCGCCGUCUGUGGGCUGCCAACUCGAAGGAUCUUUUGUGGGCCCUUUGCUCUCUUUUACUGAAAAUGUCACUCAACGCUCAAAUCAGACUGGAUUUCUGCCUGACUUAUGUCAGUGUCAUAUUCACAUAUGCCUCACCAUUCUUUUUAAAGCGUAUCCUUGAUGCUAUUGACGAACCUACCGCAGGAGAAUCGGUCUCAAGCAUAUAUCUACGCUUUGUUGGCCUUCCUGUGCACAUUGCUAAAGAAUCCGAUGUCCAACACCUAUGGUUCGGACGGCGAGCAGCGACAAGGAUGCGUGUAGAGUUGAUGGCUGCCAUCUACGACAAAGCUCUCAAGCGUCAGGACUACUCAGGCAUUAUCGACCAGGACAAAGCCAAGGAGGCUGCCGACAAAAAAGCGGGGAUCAAGCCUGUUGAGAAUCCGACCGCCGAUGAUCCCAAGGCUGGCGCAGAUGUUGGAAAGAUCGUCAAUCUAAUGGCUGUAGAUGCAAAUAGGAUUGCCAUGAUGGUAUCUGGCGCAUAUUUCAUCUACGGAAGUCCGUUUGAGAUUAUCAUUGCCACGACCUUCCUCUACAAUCUUCUGGGUCUAUCUGCAUUUGCAGGCUUUAUCGUUCUUCUCGCUGGCUGGCCCCUGAACAGCUUUGUUACUAAACGCAGCAUUCGCAUUCAGAAGGGUGUCUCUGCUUCGCGAGAUAAACGCAUGGCCGUCCUUAACGAGCUCAUCAGUGCUGUCAAAUUCAUCAAGUUCUUCGCAUGGGAGGACCGCUGGAUUAAACGGACCAUGGAAGCACGAGGGGUGGAGAUGAAUUGGAUGGUGAAAGCUCGAAUCAACUCAGUGAUGUUUACCGUGAUCUGGACUUCCGCUCCCAUUUUGGUGUCGCUCAUAUCGUUCUUCACUUUCGUGUACCAAGGAAACCAGUUGACUGUGUCGGUUGCAUUCACGUCCAUCGCACUGUUCAGCAUGAUUCGUCAACCGUUGGGUGUUAUUCCAGCUUGGAUUGUUCAAAUCCUACAGACUGGCGUUGCGCUGAAACGUAUUGAGACAUAUCUCGAGGAGGACGAAGUCGAUGAUCAGGUGUCUUCCAUCAAGAAGGCUCGCGCACCCCAUGUUGAUGGAGAGGAUGACACUCUUUCAAUUGAGAAUGGAACCUUCAAGUGGAAUGAGGUUCCCGAGAAACCUGAGGAAACUCCAAAAGCGAAGGGCAAAAGCUUCUCCCGUGUUAGUUCGAGCGAUGAAAGUGCGACUGCCGUUGAUUCCGAGGUUGCGUCCAUCCGGUCGUCGCCCGAAGAUCAUAGAUUCAUACUCAAGGAUAUUUCGAUACGGUUUCCCGAGGGUGAGCUGUCUGUGAUUACUGGACCGACAGCGAGUGGCAAAACUGCUUUGCUCGUGAAUGGCACUGUUGGGCGAGAUGACCACCAUCAGCGGAAAUUGACCAUUUCGAAGAAUACAUCGAAAAUCGACGAGAACGGAUUUAUGCACUCAAUCUCAUAUGCUGCUCAAUCACCGUGGCUGCGCCAUCAGUCUAUCAAAGACAACAUUCUAUUUGGGCAACCUUUUGACGAGGAGAGGUACAACGAUGUCGUCGAGUGUUGUGCGCUGCGGCCGGACUUGAAUAUCUUGGAGGAUGGAGAUGAUACUGAGAUUGGCUCUAGGGGUGUCAGCUUGUCGGGUGGCCAAAAGGCUCGUGUUGCCCUUGCUCGUGCCGUGUAUGCUCGUACGAAGUAUAUCAUGUUGGAUGAUCCAUUGAGUGCUGUGGACAGUCAUACUGCCCGGUUCUUGUACGAGAGACUCUUCCGCGGACCGUUGAUGGCAAACCGUACUGUGAUCUUAGUCACGCACCACGUAGAGCUCGUGCUCCCUGGCACUUAUUACCUCGUCCGCAUGCUGGAUGGUUGCAUCGAUGCCAAGGGUACUGUUAAAGAUCUCCGUGCGCAGGGCAUUCUGGACCACAUUGCGCAUGAUUCCACUGCAGAAGUCAAAGAGGAACCUAUAGCGGCCAUCGAGAUCCCCGUUGAAGCGCAGGAGGACAACGCUGAGGCAGAGACGUCUGCAGAUUCAAAGAAAAAGCCUCGAAAGCUUAUCAAGGAUGAGCACCGGGAGGCUGGAGGCGUCAAGUGGUCGAUUUAUAAUGCGUAUCUGAAGGCAUCGUCAUACCGGACGUGGUUUAUGCUUGGGAUUCUCAUCGCUUGUUCGCAGAGCUUAGGUGUUAUUGAGAAGCUCUGGGUUCGGCAAUGGGGUCAAGCAUACGGCGAUGGUGCCGAGCUAGGUCCACACAUCAUGGCACCCUCUGUGUUGACCGAGAAUGAGGCGCUGAUGAACGGCUACGUACCCUACCAUGACCAUCGACACUACUCGAACAACUACUUCCAUGUUAAUGCCUCUGGCAUCAGCCCCAUCACGUUGCCUGACGUUCACGAACACCCGCUAUUCUACGUUGGUGUUUAUGCGAUGAUCGGGUUCGCCACCGCGGCACUCUUGACAGGUGUCGUGUGCGCCACGAUGCGCUGGCAUGAUGUCACUCCGGCUGGCCGCAUGCUCAAUAGGUUCGGAAAAGAUAUUGAAACCAUUGACACCAAUCUCGCGGGCUCCUUAUCAGCUGUCAACUCUUCGUUGGCGACGUUUGCGGCUGCGAUCAUCACCGUCGUUGUGUUUUUCCCGAUUUUCCUUAUCCCUGCUGUGGUCAUAGGUUUCUUCUACCGCCUGCUAGCUCUCGGGUAUCUGAAGACUGGCAGAGAUCUUCGUCGUAUGGAGUCUAAUUCCCGGUCGCCUAUCUUCUCUGGCUUUAGCGAGUUGCUCGAGGGUAUUGUUACGGUUCGGGCCUUCUCUGCUGAACAGCGCUUUUUGGACGACCUACACGACAAAAUCGACAUGUGGUACAAUUUCUGGAUGACGAAUCGAUGGCUCUUGUUGAACUUUGAUGGGCUCGGUGGGUUGGCUGUGUUGACCACUACUCUCCUUGCGCUAUCAGGCUACGUCUCAGCUGGUACCGCGGGUUUGUGUAUCACGAGUGCUAUGACCUUUACUACCAGUGUGUAUUGGGCCUGUCGGUUCUGGACCGCACUUGAGCUUGAUUUAAACUCCGUCGAGCGUGUUGUAGAAUACCUCGAUUUGCCGCAAGAGCCUGCUGCCGUCAUCGAGUCCAGUCGUCCUCCUGCCUAUUGGCCUUCUAGCUCGACGAAGGAAGGAUUGCUAACCGUCGAGGACCUGGUCAUCAAAUAUGCCCCUGAGCUCCCUCCUGUCUUGCAUAACGUUUCUUUCACUUUGAAUGCGAGGGAGCGAAUUGGGCUUUUGGGACGUACAGGUAGUGGAAAGUCGACUUUGGCGAUGAGUAUUCUUCGCUUUGUCGAUCCUGUCAGCGGUCGUAUUCUGAUCGACGGUAUUGAUAUCUCUACGAUUGGUGUCCAUGACCUUCGCUCUCGUUUGACUUUUAUUCCUCAGGAUGCGACUCUGUUCUCGGGCACAUUGAGAGAUAACCUUGAUCCGUUCGGUGAACAUGAAGAUAGCGAAUGUUUGGAUGUGCUGUACCGCGUGCAAAUGCUCAGUCAAAGUGCUCACCAAUCUCUGCACAACUCCCGCGCACCAUCUCGUGCAUCUACGCCUGACAAUGUCGCCCCUUCUGUUACGUCAAUGGCUGUCACUGACGUAUCAACGGAGUCCAAGAUCACCAUCACACUCGAAACUCAGGUGUCUGCAGGCGGUACAAACUUCUCGCAGGGUCAACGGCAGCUCAUCGCAAUGGCGCGCGCGUUGCUUAGGCGGAGCGCGAUUAUUGUGCUUGAUGAGGCAACGAGCAGCAUUGAUUUUGAUACCGACGCUAAAAUUCAGGCGACGAUUAGGGAGGAGUUCACGGAUUCCUUGUUGCUCACGGUCGCGCACAGAUUACGCACUGUGAUUGAUUACGACCGUCUUAUUGUGCUCGAUGCAGGAGAGGUUGCGGAGUUCGACACACCUUUGAAUCUGAUCCAGAAGGAGGAUGGCAUUUUCAGGACGAUGUGUCUCAAGAGUGGAACGUUUGCUGAGCUUGAAGCAGCUGCCAGGCCAAGGCCUGAACGCGAUGCGGCCAACGCUAAGAGUACUUGA